AUGGAUCCCAUGAUGCGGAAAGAGGUGCGACAAAAAGGCUCGACCGAGUUACCCACAAAUAAUAAAAGAAAUCACAAAAUUAGGUACGAGCAACACAAAAUGAAAAGCGGUUUUGGAAAACAAAAUCGUGCGGGGACCGCCAACUGUAGCGCCGCGCAACGCGUCGCAACCUCAAUGGAGCGCGACGAUUGCGCUGGUACCUGCAUGACAUACAGCACCGCUAGGCGAGUCAUGUCAGCAUCAGCUCCCAAAGAAGAUGAGCACUAUGCUUGUGAAAACACGUUUACAUCCAUAAAUGAAAGAAAGCGUCUUCGUGAUGAUAAAGACACUAUGGAUAUUGACGACGGGAUAAGCAAAAUCCGCAUGAAGCCCGAUAUUCUCACAUUUUAUCGCACACCGGGAGCUUUCAAGUUCUGUCGCCGAGUGAGCAGUGGACCUCCAAUUGACUACUUCCACACCGGCAAUCGUGGCUCACCGCUCCCUGAAAAUGUUUUGUUAGAGAUUCUAUCGUUUUUAAAUAAGAGAGACCUCUGCAACGCGAUGGCCACUUGCAGACUUUUGUACGUGGCAGGAUCACGUUGUCGGACCUGGGAACACAUGGAUUUAUUCAACCGCACUGUCUUCAACCACUCCCUCAUCUGCUUUCUUAAUAGACGACUAAAAGUGAUGCGGAUGGCAGACACGAACGUUGAAGAGUGGCCACAUCCUUCGUCAGCGCCUCCUGUUUCUCUUGAAUAUCCUUUGCUACUUACUCAUCUCGACUUAAGUCGGGCUGUAUUUGCAGAUCGAAGUCUUUUAGUGAAAAUAAUGAACGGUUGUUCACAGCUUAAGGCGUUAUCAAUGGAGGGGCAAAAUAUGGGGCCGGACGCGCCAACAAUCUGCUACGCAAUUGGCCAGAAUUCUACCUUGACCCGUCUGGACCUUUCGAUGACUGUUGGAAUAAAUGCUGAUUCUGCACGACUCCAACAUCUCAAUCUUUCAUGGAGUAGCUUAGAUCACGAGACAGUCCUAGCAUUCUGCUCAAAUUUGCCGUAUACUGUGACAAGAUUGAACAUGGCAGGGACCUUGAAUAAACUAGCUCUCGAUGACGUUGCAGUACAAAAACUUAUCACAAGCUGCCCAAAUCUGAAGGAGCUGGACUUAUCUGACAACAUCUGCGUGACAGAGAGAGGUCUUCAAGCUAUAAACACUCUAGUCCAGUUAGAGUCGCUUUCAUUGAACAGAUGUUAUGGUAUACCUCCUAUGAACUUUUUGCUUUGUGGACACUUAUGUGUUUUGAAUGUCUUUGGAUGUAUUACAGACACCGGAUUGAUAGCUCUGAGAAAUGGGCUUCCAGAAACAAAUGUUCGUAACACCGGAUUGAUAGCUUUGAGAAAUGGGCUUCCAGAAACAAAUGUUCGUAGUAAUGUAAAUGGUGAUGUUUUCAACUACAUAGCCAAGCCAACGAUUCCGCCUGCGGUAACAAGCAUCUGGGGGCAGCGUACGAAGGACUUUUACUGA